CUCAUAUUUUUAGAAGAACUUGCCUAAGAAAAUGCUUGGAGAAGCCUUCUUAGCAGAAUUCAUUUACAAAGAACAGAAACAUGCAAAAAUUUGCAAACCCCUAAGAUGUAAGAAGACAUCAAAUGAUGAAAAGGAAAAUUGGGAAAAUAAGUUUUCAGAUAUACAGGACAAUUUAUCUCCCCUUCUUAAGAUGGGAAAUCAAGAGAAAGUUCUAGAAGGAAGUCUAACUGAACAAGAUAAUAAUACGUCUCAAAUGAAAUCUGUGGAUGAGCUACCUGCUGCAAAAUUGAAGAGUACACCUCUUCCAGGAAAUGUAUCCAUUGCAUUGCCCAUUCCAAAGAGGGGCCAUGAUGAAACACAACUGGAUUUAUAUCGAUCUUGGUCAUGUACAAGUAUUUGUCAGAAUUAUCCUGACCUACAGAUAGGAGGUGAUAAUGUUAGAAACAUGUAUGAUUCUGGCUGCUUUGUGGAACACGCCCAAGAUGAUGUUUGUAAUGGUCCUCUUUUGCUUUCAGUGGAUAUACCAUUGGGCCAUUCUCCUAAAAUUGAGCCUCUAGAGAAAACAUGCAGUUCAAAAUUAUUAAAUGGGGAUGAGAUUCGAGAAAAAAGCAUGCUGUCGCAUAAGCAACCUCUUUCUAAUUCUAUGCUUAAUAGUUACAUGGAAAAAAAGGUGGAUGAACUCUACAAACAGUUUUUGGAAGAAAAUCUUACCAGGUGCAUCUCUAUAACCAACUUCAUGGCUUCUAAUAUGCUGAUGAAUAAUGUUAAUCAGAUAAGCCUUCAAAUCUCUCAAGAGCAGAACAUAGAGGCAUCCAAAGCCCGAGAAGCCCUCCUCCACUCUUUAGCACUCUGUAAUCUUCGUAAUGUUUCCCACAGAAAUAGUACUGAAUUAAGCACACCUAACUUACAAAUAUCAAACCAGACCAGCCGGGAACUUGUAUGA